GAUUCAAAACGAACAAAAUCCGUUGAGAAAGAAGGCUUGGGAGAGACGCUCCGGUGGUGUUUGUACGCUACGGUACCUACCAAGCGUCUAGUUGCAGCAACUAGUUUCACUGGUGGAAGCGGGAAGAGCUUGUUAUGACAACAAUAAUUUGAAUUAACAUACGUGCUUGGUAAUCGAAUUCAUUAUAUCCUAGAAAUGGCUUUCCCAAAAAAGAUCUACAAAAACGGUGAGUCCGUUUUCGGCUUGUGGCCUGGAAGUGGUGGCCUGUAUUUCAAAGGUGUAGUUGUCGACAGAGACCCAGAUACUGGGUUCUAUGAUGUAAAAUUUGAAGAAGGAACCACCUACACUUUGCAUGGAAAACAUGUCAAAGCAGUUGACACUUUCAAGGCAUUGGAGCCAAAAUCAGCUCAGCGUGGCGAUGGAAAAACAAGACGCAGAACAGCGUCUCGUAGCAGGAGCAGAAGUCGCAGCAGAACACCUGGAAGAAAAACUGUUGGUAAAUCACCUGUACGUGAAGCCAAUUCUUUAUUGACUGGAUCUUCAACAAAAAAACUUCAACAAAGAAAAAAUGAAACAAUAACUGGACAAUCACCUGAAAGGGAACUGGCUAAACAAAGAGUUAAAAUGGAACUGAAAGAAGAAGAAGUGCUUAGUGUUUCACGUGUUAUCAGGCGUUCACCGAGAGUUCAAACAGAAAAAAAUUAUUUUGAGGAAGAUGAGAAAUCAUUGGAAGGUUUACCUUUGUCACGAAGGAAAUCUUCUCGAGUAGCAGUGAAAGCCAGGGUUUCUAUACCCAUGAACCAAUUGGAUAGUGAUACCUUUUCAGAUGAUGGCAGUUCCAAUGAACUGAGUGUAAAACCAAAUGGAAAGGACACAGUUUCCAGUACACAACCAGCUGUUGAUUCCAUUCCAUCUCACCUGCAAGUUAGUUCAGGGGAUGGGCAGGAAAUGGAAAGUUCACAUUCAUUUACAACUACGGUCACAGCCAUACUCCUUGGUAAUCUCCCAUUGGUUCUUUUCCUUUACCUACUUUGCAAAGAAAACAAGUGCCUUUUUCAAGGCAUCCCACAGUUUACUUUAUCAGAUCUUUUAUCCCUGUACAAUCCGUUUGUAUCCAUGGGUGUUGAACUAUUUUAUCUUGCCAUAUUUAUACUUUCAAUGUUACCAGUUGGGGAAGUUAUUAAGAUCAGCGAAGGCCAGUAUAUUCGUCGCAACUCUUUUGUAAGCGCCGUCGUACUGAUAUUGUCCCUUUCAGCCUCGAAACAUUACUUUCGAUUUUCUGCAUCAAACCUCUUGUCACAUUUCACCCAAUUCGUUAUCCCUAAUGUUGUCGUGAGCUUUGUGUUGGCCAUUAUAGUCUCAUACAGAGAACGGCAAAACCGUAGCAAUGACACAAGCAUAAUAUCCCAUUUUGUUAAUGGUUCGUCGUUGCAUGCGACGAUAUCGGGUGUAAACAUCAAAGGUUGGGUGCACCGUGCUAUUUUCAUUACUGUAAUUGCCCUCCAUCUCCUUGUUCUAGAAGAAAAUAUUGAGAAGAAUGGAGUUAUAUCUCCUACCCUUGCGUUUGUAGCGGCAAUGCAAAUUUUAUACUCUGUUGAAGCUCUUUGGAACGAUGGAAAUCUGAUUCACAGCUUUGACUUUGUUCACCUAAAAACUGGUUGGGCUUACCUGACAAUGAACGCUUAUCCUUUAAUAACCUUCCUCAUAACACUCUGCGUGAUCAACUCGAGAACCGAGUUAUCAUAUGUUGCUCUUGCACCAAUUGGGCUUCUGUUUUUUCUUGGACUAUGGAUUAAAGUUAGAAGCAACGCACAAAAAACUGCAUUCUUAAAGGACCCUGACCACUCUUCAUUCGCAAAUAUGGACAUUUUAACUUCGGCCACAGGGAAGCUGCUUAUUUCUGGAUGGUGGGGAUGGUUACGCCACCCAAAUUAUCUCGGAGAUAUAUUAAUGCACUGGGCUUUCGUAUUGCCAUGUGGCUUCCAAAUGGUCCUUCCUUAUGUCGUCGCAUUGUUUGUCACAAUUAGUUUGGUUUACCGAGCGAAAGAAAGUGAUUUAGCCGACAAGCUUAAAUACGGACCAUCCUGGGAUCGCUAUUGCCAACGAGUUCCGUCGCGUCUGAUUCCUCGGGUGUUUUAAAGGGAGGACAAAAAACUCGAGUUUAGGUAUACUUUCCCCGCUUUUUUUUUUUUCGUUCAUUGUGGUAGUUUCUAUUCUCCAUGUGCGUUAAAAGAUUUAAUCGUUUCUGUGCAUGCAGUUACUUGGGUUUCCUGUAAUGUCUUGCGAAUUGGAAAGGGAUGUAUUCAAUUUUUUUAUUCGCAAUACUUGUAUCGAACAAACUUUUUUCCCGUUUGUAGCUCUAAUCCUCUCUUACCCGCUUUUCCCCGGUUAUUAGGACUUCUCCUAAUAUCUUGUGCUCAAAAUUGUUUAACUUAGAACAAAAGACAUUAGUGAUCGCAUGACGAACCUGACAGAUUGAUCUCACGCACCGACCUGAUGAUCAAGCAUACAACAGUUGUGGACUAAAUGUUUCACUAUCCUACAUACAUUAUCUUCCCCUUUAUACACUCAUGGCCCAUCACACAAUCAGACAAUUUUUCAUAGACUGUUCUUUGACUUCGUGGAUAAUGUACGAAUAAAUCACGUGUUUCAAGUUA